UUAAAACCGGAACAAACAAGGCAGAGAAAAAGUCGAUCGGUUAACGAGUUUUUUUUUAGCGGGUGUUUUUAUGUGACUUCAGGGAGGAAGUGUGUGUUUAAACAGGAAUUAUAAAUAUAUAUAAAAGGAAGCUAAUUGUGCUUAUCUGGAGAGCAGCAGACAUACUUAAAGAUGAUUCCUCAUCAUUAGCUAAACUAUAGUUUUAUUUGAACCCAAAAGCUAAUUUUAUGUAUAGGGGUAUAUUUUAGAGGUUUUUAAUUCAUCCGACCUGCCAUGGAGAGGUCAGUGUUUGGUCGGAGAAAGAGCGGGGCUGGAGGGGUGCUGUGGCCGCUGCUCGGCGCGUGUCUCUGGGCUGCGGUGGUCGGGUACAAGCCGGUGAUCAUCGUGCACGGCUUGUUCGACAGUUCGGAGAAUUUUAAGAACUUACAGCGAUUCAUCAACGAGUCUCAUCCUGGGACCAAUGUGACGGUCAUCGACUUGUUCGACCGCAGUGCCAGCUUGGAGCCCAUGUGGAAACAGGUGGAGGGCUUCAAAGCAGCUAUUUACCCGAUAAUGCAAAACGCCGCAGAAGGAGUUCAUUUUAUCUGCUACUCUCAAGGUGGACUCGUUUGUAGAGGCAUGCUCUCCACUCUGCCUGACCAUAACGUCCACUCGUUCAUCUCUCUGUCUUCACCUCAGGCUGGCCAGUAUGGAGACACAGACUACCUAAAGUACCUUUUCCCUCAGUUUGUAAAGUCAAACCUUUACCAUCUUUGUUACACCGCUAUCGGUCAGAGGAUUUCUAUCUGCAACUACUGGAACGACCCCCACCACAGAGACCUGUAUGUGAACAGCAGUGACUACUUGGCUUUGAUUAAUAGUGAGAGGCCGAACCCAAAUUCAACAGAAUGGAAGGAGAACUUCCUGAAAAUCCAGAAGCUGGUGCUGAUUGGUGGACCAGACGAUGGCGUCAUCACACCCUGGCAGUCGAGUCAGUUUGGGUUUUAUGACGACAAUGAGACCGUCAUUGAGAUACAGCACCAGGAUCUGUAUCUGAAAGAUGUCUUUGGCCUGAAGACACUAGCAGCCCGUGGAGAUCUGAUCUUCUGCUCCGUUCCGGGAGUCCAACACGUCUGGUGGCAUUCGAAUGAGACGGUGUUCCACACCUGCAUAGAGAAGUGGCUGGUGUAAAGACGCUCACACAGACAGAUUCUCUAUAGUUGACUUUCUCCUCACAAAAAUACAGCAAUCUCCACAAUCCCAGUUGUUUCAAACUAAGGGAGGAAUCUCAUUUUGUGCUGUCUCUUGAUAGAUUUUUGCUUUUGCACAAAAAAAAAAAAAUUAUUUAUGUGCUUAUGUUUUAAAUGAGUUGUUAAUGUAUUUAUUCUUCAACUAAGACUGCAAAGAGUAGAAGGGAGCCUUGUUUUAAAAUUUGCACAGUCGAUAUAAAGCUACAGUUAAUGGUUUACCUCCCUCUGAAACAAUGUUCAACAAAACCUUAAUAUUUUACACCAGAAAUGUCUAAAAUAUGAGAUUUUUAGAGAGGAAGUUGCUCUGCCAAACUUCUAAGACAACAUAAAAUAUGUUUAUAUUUAGUCUUCAAAGCUGAGAGGCACAGAAACUCUCCGAUGUGAACCCUGUUACAGAGUUCAGAAGGAUCUUCCAGUAUCAGUAAAGUGUUAAACAUGAAGUCAGCGAUGCUAGAAAGUAUUUAAAAGUAAACAUUUACAAAUGUCAAGGCAUGUAUUUAGUUCAUUUUUGAGAGAACAAGACAGACAGCAGAUAACAGGAAGGUUAACCGUAGGUUUAGUUAUCCUAGCUGCAUAACCACUAAUAUAUGAAAGAUAAUUUAAGCUGUCUACUCCAAUCAUUUCAGGUAUUGAAUACGUAAUAACGGCCGCUCAGUUUAGAGGCUAGAAAUAAAUAUUUUGAUGCCUUUAUAUUGGGCUGUUCUAUAAUUUUUAAAGACAAAUUGGAUUAUCCAUGGGUCAAACAUGUACUAAAAAAUAUAAAUCAAAGACAAAAAUAGUUUGUUAAAUCUCUAGGUACUCUUUUGCUAUUAACAUUAUGACACAGACAGCCACAUGUGUCUAGAUGUGAAUCCAACCAGCUGCA